AUGGCGCAUCUUUAUCAGGAACUGGCUCCGCAGGUCUUGUAUGUGGACAAGAAGACUGGCUACAAUCCCAAGAAGUGGGCAGAGGCCAUCAAAGUGACCCGCACCGUUUAUGUGGGAAAUAUGGCCUUCUGCACCCGAGAGGAGCAGGUCUAUGCGCUGUUCUCCAAGUGUGGUGACAUCAAGCGCGUGAUCAUGGGUCUAAACAGAAGAGACAAAUAUCCUUGUGGCUUUUGCUUCGUGGAGUACUACACCCAUGAGCAAGCGAAGGAGGCUGUCAACUUGUUGAACAAGAUCACCUUCGAUGAUCGCGUCAUACGCGUCGAUUUGGACGCGGGCUUCACGGAAGGGCGUCAGUUUGGGCGUGGAGAGUCCGGCGGCCAGUGGCGAGACGAUUUCCGGGAAGAUGUCGAUGAGGGCCGGGGCGGGAAAGGUGGCGGCCUCCUGAAACGCAUCGAGGGGAUGCCAAACCGGCAAGUCUACCGGGGAAAGAAGAGACAGGCGGGCGGAUGA